CCCUGUGUGAGGCACGGGUGCUCGGGAACGAACUCGCCUGCAAACACGGCCAGAGGUUGUGGCAAAUAAAGGUGCCGGCACGUGGGGAAUGGGGGCGGCGGGGUCCAUUCAGACACUGAACUAAGGGUGCCAGCUCUUCACAGAGCAGCACCGGGUGCGUCCAGGUGAAACCCUCACCCGCCAGACUGGAUGCCCAGGCCGCCUCUUCCCAGCAUGGAAAGGGGAGUGUGUGAGCCCCUCGCCCAGGCCAGGGCUGGGCCACCUCCCUCCCUUGUCCCCACCUCCCUCUGUGGGGGUGGACCCGAAGCGGCAGCCUCAGGGGGCCCCGCUCCAGGCCUGGGACCGGGCUGUCUCCCCGUCUCCCCGAGGCAGAUGCCCACCCGUGUAUACCUGAGCCCAGGUCUGGGCCGCCGGUGGGACCAGGUGGAGAGGGUCAUCUCCCUCCACGGAAGGAAGCCCCCCGACCCCCGCCCCAGCCGCUGGGGCGUCCCGAAGGCCCCAUCAUUCCCAGGCAGCAGGCAGCCCAGGCCUCAGGCCUCAGGCAAGGGGGCAGGCGUGGCUGUCAGCUGGUGGCCCAGGCCUCUAAUCGCCACUAAGCAAGGCUUUGCUGACGACAGUGUUUGCGGGAGUCUGCGCACACCUGGGGCGGCCGCCGGACACCAUGAGCCUCCGCGAGGAGCAGGUGCGGCGGUACCUGGACCAGAACCCCAGCUUUGCGGACCGGUACUUCGGGAAGACGCUGAGCCCCGAGCACGCGGCCCGGGCCUGCGAGGACGAGGAUGAGGACGGGCUCCCCGCGGGCGGCGCCAGCUUCCGGGAGCUGUGCCAGGUGCGGGAGAGCGCAGCGCUGUUCGAGCUGGUGCGGGACAUGCAGGAGAGCGUCAACAUGGAGCGCGUGCUCUUCAAGAUCCUGCGCCGCCUGGGCCCCCUCCUGCGCGCCGACUGCUGCAGCCUCUUCCUGCACCGGCAGCGCAACGGCGUGGCCGAGCUCGCCACCCGCCUCUUCGGCGUGCGGCCGGGCCGCGUCCUGGAGGACUGCCUGGUGCCCCCCGACUCCGAGAUCGUCUUCCCACUGGACAUCGGGGUUGUGGGCCACGUGGCUCAGACCAAGAAGAUGGUGAACGUGCAGGACGUGAGGGAGAACCCCCACUUCAGCACCUUCGCCGACGAGCUGACCGGCUACGAGACGAGGAGCCUCCUGGCCACGCCCAUCAUGAACGGCAAGGACGUGGUGGCCGUGGUCAUGGCCGUGAACAAGCUGGACGGGCCGGGCUUCACCAGCGAGGACGAGGACGUUUUCCUGAAGUACCUGAACUUUGGGGCCUUGAACCUGAAGAUCUACCACUUGAGCUACCUGCACAACUGUGAGACGCGCCGCGGACAGGUGCUGCUGUGGUCGGCCAACAAGGUGUUUGAGGAGCUGACGGACAUCGAGCGGCAGUUCCACAAGGCCUUCUACACCGUGCGGGCCUACCUCAACUGCGACCGGUACUCCGUGGGCCUCCUGGACAUGACCAAGGAGAAGGAAUUCUUCGACGUGUGGCCCAUCCUGAUGGGAGAAGCCCAGCCGUACUCAGGCCCGCGUACCCCUGACGGCCGAGAAGUCCUCUUCUACAAAGUCAUCGACUACCUCCUCCACGGCAAGGAGGACAUCAAGGUCGUCCCCACACCCCCAGCUGACCACUGGGCUCUGGCCAGUGGCCUUCCAACCUACGUGGCAGAAAGUGGCUUUAUCUGUAACAUCAUGAACGCCCCUGCGGACGAGAUGUUCGCCUUUCAGGAAGGCCCCCUGGACGACUCUGGCUGGGCCGUCAGGAACGUCCUGUCCAUGCCCAUCGUCAACAAGAAGGAGGAGAUCGUGGGGGUGGCCACCUUUUACAACAGGAAAGACGGGAAGCCUUUCGACGAGCAGGACGAAGUGCUCAUGGAGUCCCUCACACAGUUCCUGGGCUGGUCCGUGCUCAACACCGACACCCACGACAGGAUGAACAAGCUGGGGAACCGCAAGGACAUCGCCCAGGACAUGGUGCUGUACCACGUGCGCUGCGACCAGGACGAGAUCCAGCUCAUCCUGCCAACGCGAGCACGCCUGGGGAAGGAGCCGGCUGACUGUGAGGAGGAGGAGCUGUGGGAACUCUUGAAGGAGGUGCUGCCUGGGCCCACCAAGUUCGACAUCUACGAGUUCCACUUCUCCGACCUGGAGUGCACGGAGCUGGAGCUGGUCAAAUGCGGCAUCCAGAUGUACUACGAGCUGGGCGUGGUCCGCAAGUUCCAGGUGCCCCAGGAGGUGCUGGUGCGGUUCCUAUUCUCGGUCAGCAAAGGCUACCGGAGGGUCACCUACCACAACUGGCGCCACGGCUUCAACGUAGCGCAGACCAUGUUCACGCUGCUCACGACCGGGAAGCUGAAGAGCUACUACACCGACCUGGAGGCCUUCGCCAUGGUCACCGCCGGCCUGUGCCACGACAUCGACCACCGCGGCACCAACAACCUGUUCCAGAUGAAGUCCCAGAACCCCCUGGCCAAGCUGCACGGCUCCUCCAUUCUGGAGCGACACCACCUGGAGUUCGGGAAGUUCCUGCUGGCGGACGAGAGCCUGAACAUCUACCAGAACCUGAACCGGCGGCAGCACGAGCACGUGGUCCACCUCAUGGACAUUGCCAUCAUCGCCACGGACCUGGCGCUCUACUUCAAGAAGAGGACGAUGUUCCAGAAGAUCGUGGACGAGUCUAAGAGCUACGCGGACCGGCGGAGCUGGACGGAGUUCCUGUCGCUGGAGACGACGCGGAAGGAGAUCGUCAUGGCCAUGAUGAUGACGGCCUGCGACCUGUCUGCCAUCACCAAGCCCUGGGAGGUCCAGAGCAAGGUGGCGCUGCUGGUGGCAGCGGAGUUCUGGGAACAAGGGGACUUGGAAAGGACGGUUCUGGAUCAGCAGCCCAUUCCAAUGAUGGACCGGAACAAGGCGGCUGAGCUCCCCAAACUGCAGGUUGGCUUCAUCGACUUCGUGUGCACCUUCGUGUACAAGGAGUUCUCCCGCUUCCACGAGGAGAUCCUGCCCAUGCUGGAGCGCCUGCAGAACAACAGGCAGGAGUGGAAGGCGCUGGCCGAUGAGCACGAGGCGAGACUGCGGGCCCUGGAGGAGGAGAAGCAGCAGGAGGAGAGGACCGCGGCCAGGAAAGGGGGCACAGAAAUUUGCAAUGGUGGCCCAGCACCCAAGUCCUCGACCUGCUGCCUCCUGUGAGCCACUCAGGGCACCUGAGGGCUCCCGCAUCCCCACGCCCACGCAGACUCGCCUCUAACCACUUGGUACAAGAGGUUAGGAAGCCUGAGACGAUUUUGGAUACUUUGAAUUUUUUUUAAGGUUUGUGUUUUUAUCAACUGAAGUCAACUACAAAUAAGAGUGUAGCCCGCCCUGCACUUACACUCAUCGCCUUUGACACAUAGUCGCACCGGAGCCCCUGCGUCUACACCGGUGUCGGAAGCCUGGGGAGAAGUCUGCGCCUGUGUUUUUAUGGACACAGAGGUGCUGUUUCCCAGCUGGUUUAGGAAACGAUAUCUGACCAGAAAUGUAGAAUAAAUGAA